AUCCAGGACAUCAAGUUCUAAGUAUAAUCGGUCACUCGCGUUUGCGAGUUCCACCUUUUCCAGAACAAGCAGUAGUUCUAAUAUUAAGGGAGGCAAAACCACGACAUUGGUUCUUACAUUUUGUUCAGGGCAAAACAACACAAAAAGAAUUUUUUACGAUGAUGUGGGACUUGCACUUGAUAGUGCUUUCAGGAGCAGGAAGAUCCUGUCCUAGACCACGACCACCACAUUCGCAGCACCUUCUUACUACAGGAGUUACAACGUGGUCGACAGUCUGGUCGCAGCAGAGACGCUUUCUCGUACAGAUGAAGUACAUGAAGAAGGGCUUCUUUCAACAAGAAGAUGCAACUGCUGCGUCGAAUAAGUCCAGGAGUACUUCUGCUUCUAGUAGCGGUAGCACCUCCAGCACUACGAGCAGCAGCACAUCUUUUUCCUCAUCAUCUUCACCCUACAUUGUCAGACGAACUCCAAGUGGCAAUCUUCCCGUCUAUACCGAGCCCUGUUCGAAUGGUGGGAAGCUUGGGACGUAUAAAAUGCGGAUUCAGAGAGUCUUUGGCGAUCAACAGAGCUUGGUGGGUGACAUAUUCGCAGCAUGUUUGAAGGCUCCUUCUGCUACUGUUGGUACUAGUGGGAAACGCGGCGAGACUACAAGUAGCGAAUCGCGUCAUGGUGGAAGAAAUACAACUGACCAGCAGGAGAAAGACCGCGUCGCUAGUCUUGGUCCUCGUUUCAAAUGUUCUUUCGUAGAGAGAGGUGGAGGUCGAGUUAGGAGACCUCCUCUAUCUUAUGAUGUUGGAGGUUCAUCUUCACCUGGUAGUCGUAGUCCUACAUCUAACUUUGGUGGAACAUCUUCAACUACAACAGCAGAUGAACGAAGAUCUUCUCCUAGCACAUCGCCGAAUCAGAGGCUGAACGUGAAGAUAUGUAAGAAGAAAGGAAGGAUAGAGAUCGACCAAGUGCAGAGGCAGUGGGAUCAUAAAGUCAAGGAAUUUCUGUGCUCUAAGGGCUUUUAAAAAAAAUCAUCUAACGUACUUAUCUACUUCUCGUCGAUUGAAGUAGAUGGAGACCAGCACUUUGACUGGAUCAUUGUGCUUGCCGUGGUG